AUGGAUUCAUGUUGGGCACUCGUUCAGCUGCUGUUUAUUCUAAAUUCCGUGAGAACAGAAGCUGGGGAUAGAGAGGAGCGGUCGGGCAGGUUCCAUCCCAGGAUCUAUAAUGGCAUAAAGACGACUGUGGAAUCUCUUGGAGGAGUUGGCAUUCAGCUCUUCAAUGGGAGAAAGCUCGUCUGCUCCGCAACACUACUCACACCGCGACAUAUCCUUACGGCAGCCCAUUGUUUCGAAAACUUGAAGUGGUCUUGGUUCCACGUGAUCGGUGGAAGGUCAGCGGAAUUCACUUGGCACGGCAACUACUUCCGGAGGAAUCUACUUAUAUGGGUGCAAAUUCAUCCGAACUAUGCAAAAAUGAAAUUCAUCGCGGAUGUCGCGGUGGCGAAGACCAAGUAUCCGUUGAGGGGCAAGAACAUUGGCUACGCCCAGGUCUGUCGAUCGGUACUGCAUCCAAGGGAUAAACUCAUUGCCGCCGGUUGGGGAUUCGAAGGUGGCAUCUGGGAUGAGUCCAGGAAGAAAACUUUUCGCUCGAUGAAAGUUGGUAUUGUGAGUAGACGGAAUUGCGAGAAGCAGCUGGGUCGCAAGAUGCCACCCAAUAUCAUCUGUGCCGGUGCCUACAACCACAAGACUCUCUGCUUCGGCGACUCCGGCGGACCACUUCUGUUGGGGCGGCAAGUUUGUGGCAUCAACACGUGGACUUUCAAAUGCGGCAACAACGAAAAGCCAGACGUGUACAUGGAUGUGCGAUACUACGCCAACUUUAUUAAAAGAACUAUUUACAGAAUGGGCUUUUGAAGAAAUUGACUCAAUUAAACAUCA